AUGAACAAUCUCGACCCACUGCCUCCUCUUCCGAGUGUCUCCGACGACGACACGCGCUUGGGCCUGAUCCCACAUGAUGCCAGUGAUCCAGAACCGGCAAUUCGUCAAGCAGGGGAUGGAGACUUGAAUGGGAUGGAUUACAUAGAUGACGCCCUGGGAAAGCACGUACCAUUACUUGCAGAAUAUCUGGACCAGAUUGGUGGUGAAGAGCAGUAUCAAAGGAACCAACCUACCAGUUCACCUCUGACAUCUUUACCGGAAUUACCCACUGAGAUGCCUUCCCCGGUACUUGAACCUGCCGCUGAACCUCAACAAGCUGCACCUUCCUCGUAUCAGGGAAAGAAGAGGGGGCCGAAGCCAAAGCCAAAGCCCCCCGCAUCGACCCCUACGAAACCCGCAACGAAGGGACAAGGAAAAGCAAAGGGGAAAGGGAAAGGGAAAGGAAAAGGAAAAGGCAAGCAAGACGAUAAUGAUAUGGAUUUUGAAUGGCAGAAGUCUGGAGUUGAAGAUGAUCUGGCAAGCCUUUCUGGAGAUGAAAGAUUGGUAGAGGUUAUACCUCCGUCAGAGGUAGGAAAGGAGGGUAAAACAUCGUCGAAGCGAUCACGAACGAAUGGCACUCCUGACAAACCCGUCAAGAAAAAGCGGAGCAAGACUGAUACGGCUCUCGACGGCCAAGACAAAUCUCCGGACAAGUUGAAGUCAAAGGUUAAAGGUCUCACCGACACGAAGAUCAAAGAAUAUCUCUUUGGCAAGACGAAGGAGUUUCAAAUGGGUCCUUGUCUUCGACCACGUUAUCAGCCAUGGGGCAAAUGCACACAGUGCAUUGCCAAAGCUUCAGGGGACAGUUGUCGAUUUAAAGACUAUCGUGUCUUUCCGAUAGAUCCACAGACAGGGGAGAUCAUAGGUCCGGGCACAUUUGAAUCGACCGAGUGGGAUGGAGAAAUGACUAGUCUACCUACAAAGUUCAAUAUAGAAUUUGAAGAGGCACAGAUACUUCAAACGGAACGAGCUGUCGCUCCUGUACUAGCUCCAUUGAUCACUCGCGAGUUGAGACAUGCCAUAGUGAACAAGGCUAUCAAGCGGGCUGUAGACACUGCGAAACAUCGGUCACUCUGCGAUUUCUGCUCAACCACUAUCUUUGGGGGUUUCUUCUUCUGCAGAAAAUGCGGUCGCGAAUUCUGUCUCGUUUGCGAACGUUAUUUUGCCGAUUCGGUCGAAACGAUGCACAUCUCCCCUUGGUCCAUCCCCGACGCGGCCCGCCCACGAUUGCAAAAAUGUUCCAUGCUAUCAUACGAAAAUGACAAUCCCAGAAAGCCGGCAUUUCAUUUCCGUCCGGACCUUCAGCCGGUGUCGCGAUUAUCCGCCGAGGAAUGGCGAGAACAAUGGUUAGGUUUAGCCGAGUUUGUGCUUGAGUCAGAUCUUCCUGUCGAACGAAAACUAAGUCUGCUAGGUCUUGUGGACCGUAUAGAGGAUGUGACUCGUAUGGUACAUGAAUGGCAAGAGACGACUAGAAGAUUAGUCAAAGAAGAUCCGCCUCAGCGACGGAUAUCAGAGGAGGAGGUGACGAAAUUAUAUACCAAAGAAACGCAUCCAACCGCUCCGAGACCAGAAGAUCCCGCGCAGUUGGCAGAUGAUUCAUUGAAAUUUAUGAAGAUUCACGCGGAUGAUCUAGACAACAAGACUUUUGAUCAACUGUGGGCGAAAGGGGAACCGUUGAUUGUGGAUGGGGUGGAGAAAAGGUUCAAGUUGAGUUGGACGCCGGAUGAUUUCAUCGAGCGGUUUGGAAAAGAGUUGUGCUACGUGGUGGAUUGUCAAACGAAUCAGAGUAAACCUCACACCAUCACGUCGUUUUUCGAAAAGUUCAAAUCUCCUCAUACGCGCUCUCGACAUAUACUCAAACUGAAAGAUUGGCCGUCGACCGAUGAUUUCGAACAUACUCAUCCGGGAUUGUAUAACGAUUUCUGCGAUGCUUUGCCGGUACCGGAUUAUACCCGACGGGACGGUGUGCUCAAUCUGUAUGCUCAUUUCCCACCUGGACCCACGCGACCUGACAUCGGGCCAAAGAUGUAUAACGCUUUCGCGGCCAAAGAUGGACCAGGUGGUCAAGGUUCCACCAGACUACAUAUGGACGUAGCGGACGCUAUCAACGUGAUGCUUCACGCGUCACCCUUAGCUUCAUCCAACCCUCAUCCUCCUCCACCCGCUCCCGCCACAAGUGACACUGGUCCAUCUGCUGAAUCGAGUACUACUUCCGUUCCGCCCUUAUCCUCAAAUCCGUCGAGUGAUCCUCAUGUCCCGUCAAGCUUGCCUGUCCAAUCUGAAGUCGGCGAAGAUGCUACGUCACAUCCCGUGUCUGAAGCUCUUUCCAACGGGUCCACUCUUCCCACUACUACCUCUCACGCGCCCUCCACCGGUGUUGAGACCUCGAAACAGUCCAUACAACCUGGAUGCGCCGUCUGGGAUAUCUACCGUGCCGAAGAUGCCGAUUCCAUACGAGCUUUUUUGAAGAAGAAAUUCGACUCGUCACAUCGUUUCACGGAUCCAGUGCAUUCACAAUUAUUUUAUCUGGAUAGUAAUUUGAGAAAACAGUUGUGGAAAGAAUAUGGAGUUGUGAGCUGGAGGAUUUAUCAAUAUCCUGGUCAAGCUGUGUUCAUCCCGGCAGGUUGUGCACACCAAGUAUGUAAUCUAGCAGAUUGUAUAAAAAUAGCUCUUGAUUUUGUCUCUCCUCAUAAUGUUAAACGAUGCCAAACUCUCACACAGGAUUUUAGGAACGAAAAUAUGGUAGUUGUGAAAGCUUGGAAAGAGGAUGUUUUGCAGUUGCAUAAUGUUUUGUGGUACGCAUGGCUCAACUCUCGUGAUAUCGGAGCGAAAAGACGUCAAGAAGCUCAAGAAGCUCAAGCUGCUCAAUCGGCACGUGCCAAACAUCUCGCCUCCCUUCAAGCGGGUGAACAUGAUUCUGUAAUUCCUAAAGAUUGGCGUUCAGAGCUUGAACGACGACCGUCUCCUACCAAAGCUAUAGGAAGAGAGAUAAGUUCCGUCAGAGAAGAACAGAUUCCUGUCAUACCUUCUUCUCCUGAAUCUCAAAUCAUCGAAAAUGUCAUAUCUUCAAACCAUCCCACCUCAUCUUUAUCUAUAACAAAUCAAAUCCUAUCUACUUCAUCCAAAAACUCAUCUUUUCCAACUGAUUCAUCUAUUUCAAAUCCACAUAAUUCCACAUCCUUAUCUAAACCCAACGAGAUUUCAGAUCCACGUACGAUUUCCAAACGUCUAUUGGCACAACGUCUCCUUGACAUAACUUUACAUCAUAGCGAACCCCCACCAGAAAGACGUUUUCUCUUACCUUCUGCCGCUGCCAAGUUUGGUACGGGUAAAACCAAGUUAUCAAAUUUGACCAAUACGAGUCCUAGUCCUGCUCCAUCGGCGACUGCAUCAGGAAGGAACGAAAGAGGAAAAUUGUCGACGACUGAUUUCAUCAAGAUGGGGAUUUUGAACGCUGAUUUCGCUUUGGGAUAUAUGAAGUCUCAAAUGGGUAAUGGGGAGUCUUCCGUAAUGACUUUUCCUUCAAUUGAUGCUCUGUCUUCUGUCGACACGGUACCAUCCACUGACACAUUUCCCCCCGCCGAUAAUGUCCAUCCUACUGGUGAACCCCUUCAUAAGAGUGGGACGGAACCAGAUGUCAACCGUAGGGAUCAUACCGGACAAGAGAUGGGAUCUGGUAUAGAAGAGAGGGAAAAUGUGGUCAAGUCGAACGAGAAUGGUAUAAGAGAUGAAAGGGGCGAACAGGAUGUGGAAAUGUCUAAUAACGAUGACGAUCACGGUAGAGGAGGGUUAGCAGAGUUCGUUGUGGAGACGGGUAUGACAAUGGAGAUGGUUGAUUCUUGGGCGUCGGGUGAAGAUUUGUUAGAAGGGGAUGAUUAG